AGGAGAGCGGGUGCAAAAAGAAGAGGAUUCUUGCGGGGAAGGACGUGGAAGGAUAUCAGGUCCGCGAGCAGAAGACAAUAAAAUAAACACAGGGCUCCCAGGCUGGCCUAGUUAUUUAUCCAUCUGUCUGUCUGUCUGUCUAUCUGUCUGUCCUCCCGUGUCAGAAAGGGGCGAUGCUCGCCGCUCCUCUCCGCUAAGGCAAGGACGAGGCAGUGAGAGAUGAGCUGGUUUUUAUGGGGAGAGAAUAAAACCGCGUCCGCCGUCUUUUGUGCCUCGUCCGACGAGGCUGCGCGCUGGUAGGCGCUGAUGGCGCGUCGAGAGCAGCAGGCGCUCCAUUAAUAACCGCGACCACGACAGCAGUUGUGAUGAGCGCGCGGCGUAUCGGUAUCACUUCUCUGGCCAGGAAUAAGCGCCCUCAGCCGGGGCCAGCGCUCGGGAGAGGCGUGGUGUCCGAGUGAAUAGCAGCGGAGGACGGAGGACGGAGCGCCGCCGGUCAGUGAGCCCCGCCGCCCCGCCGCCCUGCAUGCCCUGCAUGUCUGUUCCAGCACGGUGGGUAUCUGAGGAGAGCAGAGAAAGGUUGGCAGGAAAGGCAGCCGCCACUCCGCCACUCCGCCGCUGGACGGACCCGAGCUGUGCCCACAUUUCUCCUGCGAGGGGAAAAUGAAACUUUCAUGCGCGUCUGCUUUGGCCAUCCUGCGCCCACACGUCGCGCCGAAGACUCAAGCCUCCAUAUAAACACUCGCGUUUCACGCCGAGCCAUGUCGGACUGAGGCAGAGGGACUCCAGCACCGGAACCACCGCUGUUUUGGAGGGGCAGGAAGGCGGCAGACGACCCCCAGCUUCCACGAACUGCUCGAUAAGCCAGCCAAAAUGGGAGAGCAGCCUAUCUUCAGCACCAGAGCCCAUGUCUUCCAGAUCGACCCCAACACCAAAAAGAACUGGGUCCCCACCAGCAAGCACGCCGUCACCGUGUCCUACUUUUAUGACAGCACCCGCAAUGUCUAUCGCAUCAUUAGCCUGGACGGAUCCAAGGCCAUUAUUAACAGUACAAUCACCCCAAACAUGACAUUCACCAAGACGUCGCAGAAGUUCGGCCAGUGGGCGGACAGCCGGGCGAACACAGUCUACGGUCUCGGCUUCUCCUCCGAGAGUCACCUGAGCAAAUUUGCGGAAAAGUUUGCAGAGUUUAAGGAAGCUGCGCGGUUAGCGAAAGAGAAAUCUCAGGAGAAGAUGGAAUUGACCAGCACUCCUUCACAGGAAUCGGCCACGGGUGACCUUCAGUCACCUCUGACCCCAAAGAGCAUCAACGGAACGGAUGACGAACGAGUUACAGCCGACGCCUCUCAGAACUCGGAACCGCGAGCGGAACCCAACGCAGUGCCCUUCCCUCACAGCUCGACUACCAUCAGUAAGCACUGGGAGGCUGAACUGGCCGCCUUGAAGGGCAACAACGCCAAGUUAACCGCAGCACUGCUGGAGUCUACGGCCAACGUCAAACAGUGGAAGCAGCAGCUGGCCGCUUAUCAAGAGGAGGCAGAGAGACUACACAAACGGGUGACAGAGUUAGAGUGUGUGAGUGGGCAGACAACAGGCAUCAAAACCCAGAAAACGGAACUGAACCAGACGAUAGAGGAGCUGGAGGCAGCGCUCAAGGCCAAGGAGGAGGAGCUGGAGCAACUAAAAGCAGAAGUCGAAAACGCCCACCAGCUGCAGUCACAGAAAGAUGCAGUCACGCAGAAGCUGCAGGAAACGGAGACACGGAAUUUGGAGCUGGAAGCCCAGCUGGCUGAGCUGGAGCAGCGUCUGGAGAGCAACCAGGUGGAGCAGGAGUCUUUCCGGAAAAGUCUGCGCUCGCUGCUUGAGCUGCUGGACGGAAAGAUCUUUGAGCUGACCGAGCUUCGAGACAGCCUGGCCAAACUGAUCGAGGGUGGGGGCAGCUAGAGCCUACAGUACCACAGCGCCCUCCAGUGGAGAAACACUAACCUUAAAUAAACACACACACACACACACACACACACACACGCCAGCACAGUGUACAGGGGCACGAAACACACGCUGAUUUACACAUGCAUGCAAACGGACGGACGGUCACUCCUGCAGUGCAGAGACAGCUGCUUUUGGCCGUGGGUUAAAAGUGUACACACACUCUUUAACACGAACACAUGUUCACAGGUGCACUUUCACAAACAGGUGCCUGAGCAUUUACAGAGGGGUUUACAGACAAAUACAACCACGCUACAUAAUAUUGGCCUAACUGCCUUUUUCAUUUCUUGACAGUUGUAACCCACACAGUGCUGUGCAGAAGUUAGAGACCACCAGUCGUUUCAUUUACAGAUGUCUUUUUUUUUUUUAGGAGAUUAGAUAUACUAUAAUCCACUUGCAUAAAGAAGGAGAAAGUCAAGUGGGGAAAAAAACUGUUUCCAAAACUGGAAC